UUUCACACAAGCGCCGCGCUCGCAGCCUAAGGCCAAAAUAUUUAGACAGUUCUCAGCGCACAGCAGCUGUGGGCCGCUGGACUCUCAAAAGUGAGCCAGAGCAUUGCACCUUGUGACGUUGGUGACUAGUUCGCAAACGCCAGCCGCAGCGCAGAGAGCGGUAGCGGUGCAAAGAACUGUACUUUACGCACGCCGAACGCUAGCUGUGCAAAGAACUGCACUUUACGGACGCUGAACACUAGCGGUGCAAAGAGCCAUGCUAACCGUGCCCGAAUACAACAUCAAUGCAAAACAGCGCGAAUUCGCCGGACACACGGGCCGCGUCUUCGACGUCGACCUCGGCCAGGACGGUUUGUGCGUCACGGCAUCGGAAGACGGCACGGCCAAGGUCUGGCGCCUGGCGGACGGCCGGCUCGAGGGCGAGGUCGCGCAGUCGCAAACGAAGGAUGAGGUCCUACGCGUCGCGUGGGCGCCUCCCAUUGUCCGGGACGCCGCCGGCGCGUCGCUGCUGGCCGUGGCCGGCGCGGACGGCUUCUGCAAUUUGUGGCGCGGCGACGACUGGUCGGCCCCGAAGUCACUACAGCGGCUCGACCACGGCGGCGACCAGGUCUACGGCUGCGCCUGGUCGGCGUGCGGCGACGCCUACGGUGCUUGGUUAUUAACCGCAGCGGGCGCGGCCGUGCGGACCUGGGACGUGAACGCCGGCAAAAGCAUAAAGCAGUGGUCCUAUCAAGAACCGCGGGGCGACCAGGCUUAUGUCUUCGACGUCCAGCCGGCGCCGCGCGACGCGGACGACGCGUUGCGGGCGACGAUCGCGUGCGCCGUGUCCGACGGCACGGCGCGCGUGCGCGACGUGCGCCUCGACUACGACGCGCGGGUCCUGCGCGCGCCCGGCGACUCGAAGGUGACGGCCGUCGGGUGGCUGGGGGGCACGGCCGUCGCGUCGUGCUAUGGUGACGGCUGCUGCCGCGUCUGGGACGCGCGGACUUGGAAGUUGCUGGGGCGGCUGAAAGGGGCGCAUGCCUCGCCGUGCUACGGCGCCGCGAAGACCGACGGAUUCGUCGCGUCGUGGGCCGCGGAGGGCUUGGCCUUCUGGAGCUGCGAGGACGCGCUGAGGAAGGCCGACGCUACUAAAAAGGCCACGGCCCCCAUCACCGAUGCCGCGGGCAACGCCGUGCCCCUCUUCCAAUGCGCGUUUUCGUCUUCCAAUAUCGUGGUCUGCGGCGGCGCCGGCGGCAAGGGCGAUGCCAUUGUUCCGUCGGUCUUCGUCUACGACCUGUCGAAAAAGCGGAGCCGGGGCGACGAGGAGGACGCGUCAGAGAAGAGGCCGCGCGAGAGCUUCUUCGUGUGAAUUUUGUAUUAUUGUGUAACAACAUAGGAC